AUGAGCCAAGUUCAUCUCCGGAAUAUGGGGCACCUGCCCCAAGCCCGUCUCUACUGGAACAAUACCAAGAAGACCACGAGCAUGGCAGCCAGUCAGGCGUGGAACACAUCGCCCCCAGCACUGUUCAGAGCACCGAAGACACAGAGCCAACUGAACUACGAUGCGACGAGUGUGGGAAUGUUUACGCAAGGCUUUGGGAGUCGCUGUAAGAUCAAGCAUGAGAAGCCGUUCAAGUGUAGAGCGGGAGACUGUUCUUGGGCUUUCCGAUACAGAAAAGACCUCAAGCGACACUGCGAAGAGCGGCAUUCGGACGGGGAGGGCUAUUUCUGCCCGUUCGCCGGAUGCAAGUACUCGCAAGAGAAGGGUGUCGGUAUCAAGAGGAAAUCCAACUGGCAAAGACACGUACAGACACAGCAUCGCGGCUAG